GCUAGUUCAUCAUCUCAACAAUACUUCCUUCUUAGAGGCCUCUUCUUCAUCUACUGCUCUCCUCCCUCUCUCAAUCUAACACUUUCCAAUAAUCAAUCUCCUGCAAAAACCAACCACUGAAGAUCUAUACAGCCAUGGAUUCUACUCCCCCAUCUCAUCUGUCAGGAUCCCGCCUACGAACCAAAUCUGUUUCUCCUCUCCCUCCAAUCGGGGUUUUAAAUGGCGAAGCCGAGAAUCUCGCUCUUGAUCCCAUUCCCGACCUUUCUCCCCAACCUAAGAAAACCCCUUCAUCUCUGAGAUCCUCCACCAAUUCUCUUCCUCUUCAAGAACUGUUGCUUCUUUCUCCUUCCCCUCUUCGACGAUCCAGAACCCGGCUUCUUGAAAGAACGGAAAUGGCGGAAGAAGCCCUUGAGCCGGUAAGCCAUCGCAAACGUUGCAAGAGCAGAGCUUCUUCCAUGGCUCUGCUGGCCUGUCCCUCCCCAAGAAACGCAAGGAGGUCUCGGAGGCGAAUGGAGCUAGAGAUCCGAGAAGAGAGGGAUGUGGGUCUGGGAGAUGAGGUUGGGAAGCCAAGGAAAAGAAAACAGAGUAAUCGGUCUCGUAAGGAGAAUCUAAGUCUAGUCCCUUCAGUUCCUUCUUCAAGUCUAGUCCUUUCAGGAAGAAGCGAUGAAGAUCAAAGUAGCCUAGAUCGUAUUGGGCUGCUGGUAUCCGAUCUUAUUAUGUGGAAGGAUGUUGCCAGAUCAAGCCUCUGGUUCGGGUUUGGGUCUCUUUGUUUCCUAUCUUCUUGUUUUACAAGAGGGUUGAGCUUUAGCCUUUUCUCCGUGGUUUCCCAACUUGGGCUUUUGUUUCUGGGUUUAUCAUUUUUCUGUAAUUCAUUAUCCCAAAGAAAUGAGGAACCCAAGAAGCAGGACUUCAAGUUGAAAGAAGACGACAUUUUAAGGGCUGCUCGAUUGAUCCUUCCUGCUGCAAACCUUGCUAUUGCUAAGACCAGAGAAAUCUUCUCAGGCGAGCCAUCGAUGACUCUGAAAGUGGCACCCCUACUCUUAUGUGGAGCUGAAUAUGGCCACUUCUUAACCAUAAGGAAACUAAUUGCAAUUGGAUUUUUUGGAAGCUUCACUGCCCCCAAGUUCUAUUCUUGUUACUCCCAGCAGAUAAAUAAAAAAGUGGAGUACUUGAGAUAUUGUGUAUGGGACGCAUGGGGAGCUUGUUCUCACAAGAAGAUUGUGGCAGCAUCAGCAGCUACUGUCUUUUGGAAUCUGUCUUCUGUGAAGACCCGUGUUUUUGCAGCAUUUAUUUCUGUAGUAAUACUUCGAUACUACCGACAACACUUGCAAGCAGAAGCAGAAGAAGAAAUGGAUGAACAGAGUGAGCAGCAUCAGGCUUUGGUGGUGGCCGAAGAGAGAUCACUGAAGUAGGAUUUUUCUUGUUUCCUUUCCUAUAAAGAUAUGUCAUUCUGUUGUAUGAAUAUAUAACUUUUUAAUAAAAUUGACAAUAGAGAUGGUAGUGCUGCUCCUCCAUUCCAUUGAUUUUAUUUUUAAUUGUAAAACUAAUGUUCAAUUGAACACACAUUUAAUAUAUGAUUAUUAUGCACAUUUCUCUUUC